GUGACAACCGGCAACUCGGCCAUUUGGAAUUGGCGAUGCAAGUCGUCCAAGUCGUCGCCAUCGGGUUGACGACUCUCGAGGCCGUGAUGGCUCAGUUCAGCAAGGCCAACUCGAGCAAUGUUCUGCUCGCAGUAUGUCCACAGUACACUACCCCCAACAGCUCGGCAGUGUGCUUGCGCAACUCUGCCACCGGUGCCAUUUCAGUCGUCCACCAAGACGACCCGGCCAGCCUUCGUUUGUCCGACCAGAACAUCUCGUCCAUUGAGGGAAUCCCAGCAAUGCCGCACAUCAUAGACCUUUCGUUGAACCGCAUCCGAUCCAUCAACAUCCACGUGGCGCCGCACGCCGCAGCAAAAGUCAUGUCGUUGUAUGUGGCUCGCUCUUCACGAUGCAUGUACUAUUGACGCUUUGCGAGCUAGAAAGCUCCGCAACAACUCGAUCACGGCGUCGGGAUUAGUUAGUCUGCCGCCGUCAAUCAACUACCUGGAUUUGAGCAACAAUGCCAUCGAUCGCAUGCAGCAAACCACGACGUUCAAUUGGACUCGGCUGCCCGCGCUCGCGACCUUGAUUCUCACCGGAAACAACAUGACCGCCAUCGAUCGACCAUCGUUUCCACAGUCACUGGCAGUUUUGGACCUGACCGACAACGAUAUCGCGCGAUUUCAUGUGGACGCUGCAACAUGGACCCAACUCACUCGACCAGGAUUUCAACUGUUCUUGAAUAUGUCGCGGGAUGCCAUGGCCAGAGUACCCGUGUGGUGCUCGAACUCGACGUCCGUCACCUCGCGGGUCGUCACGAACAAUGUGAAUGCGGUGGUGUGCAUCGUUCACUCGAAAGAAAACAGCACAAGAGGGCCCGCGACUCCAUCGUCAUCGUUCUCGUCGGGGUUUUCUGUUAUGACGCUUGUUCUCAAUGUCGUCAUUGGUCUGGCAGUCAUGUUCUUGGCGUCCUUUGUGGGAGUCAAACUCAUGGAGCGGCAAAUGACGCACGUCCAUUCCCUCGAAACAAAUCGUGAUACGUGCACAAGUUCUACCGCGGACGACGCACACCCAAUGCAAUACCGUCGCUCGCUGUCCCCGCGAUUUUACCAAACCGAGUAACUUCAGAGUUGUUUUGCACUUCCACCAGCACACCUCU